GGGCGGAGCUGCGCGGCGCUGAUGGUGGAGGCCCCAUGUUGAUGUCCCCGGCGUCCUCCGCGCCUGCCUAGAUCAAUCAUGUCAUCCUUUCAAGAAGUUCCAUCUUCAGCUAACGCUUUACAGACUUCCAAUUUUGCACAUGUGAUUUUUCAGAAUGUGGCCAAAAGUUAUCUUCCAAACACACACCUUGAAUGUCACUACACUCUGACCCAGUUUAUCCAUCCUCAUCAGAAAGACUGGGUUGGUAUUUUCAAGGUUGGUUGGAGUACUGCAAGAGAUUAUUACACGUUUCUGUGGUCACCUAUGCCAGAAAAUUAUGUGGAAGGAUCAACUGUCAACUGUGUCCUGAACUUUCAAGGAUAUUACCUACCAAAUGAUGAUGGAGAAUUCUACCAGUUCUGUUACGUGACUCAUAAAGGAGAAAUCCGUGGAGCAAGCACACCUUUCCAGUUCCGUACCUCUUCUCCUGUUGAAGAAUUGCUCACUAUGGAAGAUGAAGGAAACUCUGACAUGCUGGUGGUGACCACAAAAGCUGGACUUCUUGAGUUUAAAAUUGAAAAAAUAGUAAAAGAAAAAGAAGAGCUAUUAAAGGUUACUUCUGUUCUGGAGAAAGAAACAGCACAACUCCGGGAUCAAGUUGAAAGACUGGAAAAAGAACUUAACCUUGAAAAGCAGAGAUGUGACCAACUGCAAACAGAGCAAAAGACUAAUAUUCAAGCAUCAGAAAGUCUGAAAACUGAAAACGAUGAUUUGAAGAAGAAGCAUGAUGAGGUUGCUUCAAAAGUGCUCCAGCUUGAGGAAGACAUCAUGACUGUUACUCAGAAAGCCAUUGCAAAAGAAACAGAGUUAGACAGUAUGAAGGACAAGCUGAAGAAAGUGAUGCUUGAGAAGGAGCAACUUGAAUGCGUGUUAAAAACAGAAAAGGAUGAAAAAGAACUUUAUAAGAUACACUUGAAGAAUACAGAAAUAGAAAACACCAAACUAGUAAAAGAGAUCGAGACGUUUAAGAAUUUGGAUGCAAACAAAGAAAACAUGAUAUCGUAUUAUAAAGAGGAGGUUGGCAGAUUACAGCUAUUUAUAGCUGAAAAAGAAAAUAUGAAGAAAGCUUUUUUGCUCACCUCAUCAAAUAAGGAGGAUGCAGCUAUUUUAAAAGAGCAGCUUCGGAAAGCUGAAGAUCAGAUUCAGGCUAGCAAACAAGAAGCUGUCCUAAUGUCAAAAGAGCUGAGUGACGCAGUAAAUGUGCGGGAUAAAACAAUGGCAGAUCUUCACAGUGCACGUCUGGAAAAUGAGAAGUUGAAAAAGCAGCUUGCCGAUGCUUUAGCUGAACUUAAGAAAAUCACAGCUUUGAAAAAUGAACAGGAAACUUCAAACACAACGGAGCAGGAACUGCGCAGAGAAGUUGAAGAUCUGAAGCUUCGUUUACAAAUGGCUGCUGACCAUUACAAGGAAAAAUUCAAAGAAUGUCAAAAACUUCAGAAACAAGUGAACAAGUUUACAGAACAGGCAAAAAUCGUGGGGAAUCAGCAGAAACUGACAGAUGCAUCUAACACUGUGACAGCUACUGCCAUCGUUACAGACAAAAAGUUGCCUGCAUCUCCAGUUAGCCCCAUUUCAUCUGAUGUAGUUUCGGAAUUCAUGGUUAAGGAGCAAGUACGUGAAAUGAAUAAAGAAAUUGCUGAGAAAACAGAGAAGUAUAAGAAAUGCAAGCAAAUGUUGGCAGGUGAGAAGAUGAAAUGCAGCGCUUAUGCUGAUGAACUAGCUAAACUGGAGCUGAAAUGGAAAGAGCAAGUGAAAAUCAAUGAGAGUAUAAAAUUACAGCUAGCAGCAAUGGAGGAUCAGUAUAAAGUUCAGCUGGCAGAAAAAGAGAGACGCAUAAAGGAACUGGCAUCACAGCUGGAACUCUUUACCACUGAGAAGGAACUUGGCAAGACAGCAGGAAAUCAAGCUGGGAGGAUGAUGGAAGGACAGAUUUCACAGCCGACAUUACAUUUUCGCAACCCGUACUCAGAGGAGAAUGGACCAGUUCCUGCAGUGCCAAGUAGACUACCAGUACUGCAGUAUGGAAACCCUUAUGCAAUUCAGGAAAGAAGAGAUGGAGCAGAUGGUGCCUUUAAUCCUGAUGAGAUCCAAAGACCACCUGCUAGAACUUCCUUCUGGGGGCUAGAAGAUGAUGUAGUGUGCAGUCAGCCUUCACGCAAUCUCAGUCGGCCUGAUGGUUUAGAAGAUCCUGAGGAUAGCAAUGAUGAUGACAACACCGCACCUUCUGCUCCUGAUCCGCCAAGCAUCCUUCUGCAUGAACGUGGGACGGGUUUUUGCUUUGAUUCCAGCUUUGAUGUGCGCAAGAAAUGCCCUCUUUGCGAUCUGAUGUUUCCACCCAACUACGACCAGAGCAAGUUUGAGGAGCACGUGGAGAGCCACUGGAAGGUGUGCCCCAUGUGCAGCGAGCAGUUCCCACCUGACUACGACCAGCAGGGCUUCGAGAGGCAUGUUCAGACGCACUUUGAUCAGAACGUUUUAAACUUUGAUUAAAUACUUCUGUUUUGCGGUGUAGCUUAAACAGAAACUACUUUGAGUAGUCUACCUAUGGAAAACAAACAGCACAUCUUUCCUUUAACAGUGCAAAUCUCUGAGUAAAGCUAGUGUACUCUAAUGGGAGCCAUGAUAAGUCUUGGCUGUGAGCUGCUAUUUGGGUUAUCUUCUCUCUACCUAACAUUAUACUAAAAAACCCAACAAAAAAAAACCCCUUUGUUGUGUAUGUAGUUAUUUAUUCCCCUACUUAGUGGCAGUUGUUAAGGACGCGGGAAUGACAGCCUCAGAAAAAAGCCCACCUUCAUGAUGUUCUUCAGCUGUAUAGAAAACCACCCGAACACCUCUGGCUCUCUUCUCCGUGAUAGCUGAGGCGUGAUUAAAACGUAAUACACGGAUGCUUCUCCUCAUGGAGUCCUGCACUCUCUUUGAGUAUCAGUUAAAUCAGAAAGUGAUAGAGUUAACCCAGUGAAAAUAGAGUUUUCUAGAACCUUUCUGCAGUGUGGCUGCAUGUACUGUGAGAUUACAUGCCCGCAACGAAAGCAAGGGUGGGUCCUUCAGUUUUACACAUAGAAUGUAUUUGCCUUAAGGAUUAAUGUUAAAUGAACGAUGUUGUACUUCAAGGCAGUAUUUUUGAGUUGAAAGAUAAGGCUGUGCUUAAAUGCCUGGAAAUGAAUUCUUUAAGUCAUUAACCAUUACGUUGCAACUGCAUUCAGUAGAAAACGUUAUAUUUUCACAACAGUGAAUUGUGUUUGUUUUGGCUUUUAAAACCUUUUAACUUUAUGUAUUUCUUUCUAGUAAAUAUAAAUGUGUGUAUAUCUAAACAUUUUAUAUUUACUUAACUGUAUUAAGUAAAAUUGCUAUCCACUUGUUGUACAGUAGUCUUGUUACAUUAAAAGCGAAGUUACUCAUGGACUCCGUGGUCCUGUUUUCCUGCUGCUUGUUUUGAAAUAAAGCAGAGUUCAGGUGUUGCAUCGUU